AUGCAUCACAUAAUAUGUUAUAUGCACGCCUUGGCAUUUCUUGCAUUUAUUAUAGUUUCCAUGCAUAUAAAGCCGUUUAUUUUAUACUCGGCUCCGCGUACGAUUUGACCAACGAAAUGGCUAAUGUGAAAUUGAUUUAACCAUUAAUUCCGCGAGUGAUAUUGAAGAAGAUCUGUGCAGCUAAUCUUUUAGUGGUACACGCAAUCCAAACUCAUAAGUGUCUUCGGUGUGAAAAGAAAAACAAGGAAAGACUUCUUUUCCGGAAAAGAAAAUCUGCCGUGAAUCAGCAUCAGAAAUCCAUUUGGCUGCCUUUGAACAAUUGAACUAAAAUCGGCUGGCAGUGAAAAUUUAUUUUUUUUUUCAAUAUAAAUCGAUCAUUUUGUGAUAAAUUUCUGAUCUGAACCAAACAGAAAUAUUCGAUCAGGAAAUUUUGAAAAAAAAAAAAACGCUUGUGAUUGUGAAUAACAUACCGUACAUAAUGACUUGUUUUGCCAGAGUUGAUUGGCUGCGUGUGUAUUCUCCGGAUGUUUAAACAUUUUCAUAGUGGGUCCGUUCCGUUACCUGAACAAAAUGACGCUGAAAUUCGACUUUGGUAUUAAAGUAAUUAAAACAUGGACAAGACUGAAAAGAAAACGGCCAGUAAAUGCAUAGCAGAAAGUUGUCGAAACUACGGCAUCACCACCAGACCGAACGCAAGCAAUGGACUUUGGCUAGCAAGCCUCAUCUUCAUGAGUCAAGCCGUCAACGUUUGGAACCGGGACAAUCAUGCCGUAACACUCAACUAUAGGCGAUCUACGAUUGCAAGUUUCGGGCUACUAUUGCAUUCCGUUUGCAUCUUCGUUUCCAUGCGCAGCGGAAAAUGUCAGCACCUAGCCGGAAGGUUACUUUAUGUACUUUUCAGUAUUGUAGCCACCAGUUGUUUGCUGAUGGUCUGUUUGAAAGAUAAUGCCAUAGUCUGCUCCGUUAGUGGUGUCCUAGUGGUGGUUCUGUUCGAUCGGAUUUACUUUCGAUUGCUAAGGCGACUGCCCAAAAGCUUUACGCUGGGUGAAGCGGCUGUGGUUGGACAGGGAUUCACCAUAUUUGCAUACUAUGCUUUCCUGCAGCUACCUAAGGUUGUUCUCAAUGACAAACCAUCGCCGGAUCUGAAUGUCAUGCACCUAGUGUUGCAGAUAAUACUCAUGGGAAUCGGCGUUAUCCUAGCACUGUGCCACUUUUUGUCAUUUCUGCGUCAUUCCGUUCUAUUCUAUUUGUUGACUGUCGUUAUCGCCAGUUGUACCGCAUUAUUUCCCAUAUUUGGCCAGCCAACGGUUAUUGUGCUGUUACAGUUUAUUUUAAGUGACACAGAUCGCAUGCUGGUCAUCGCUCUCUACAUGACGCUUCUGGUAGUAACCAGUUGUUUCGUAGUAUGGCAAAUCAAUCGUCAGAUCAGCGCCAAUACGACUACGAGAAAAAUGUUUCACAUCGUUAUGGUCCUGGUGUACCUUCCAGGACUUUGGUCACAGUGUACAUUGCUCUACCUGGCUUCCGGCUUGAUGCUAGGAUUGCUACUCAUGUUAGAGAUCGCUCGUGUUAUCCAGCUAAAGCCAAUUCACCCGUCUCUCGACAUGGCCGUUCGCUGCUUCCUAGAUGAAAAGGACGCGGGUCUGGUUGCGCUCACGCCGAUUUACUUGCUGAUUGGGUGUUCCCUGCCUAUGUGGCUACACCCGCUGCCGUGCGAUUUAACCGACUCAGCCGGAUUGAACUUGCUUAAACUUCUGGCGGGAGUUCUAUCCGUUGGAAUUGGAGAUACCACGGCCAGCAUUUGUGGUUACCUGGCCGGAAAACAUAAAUGGCCAGGCACAGCGAAAUCCGUCGAGGGUACGAUAGCCAGUGUCGUGGGACAGGCAGGUGUGGUGUUCCUUUUGUACAGACUGAGUUUUAUUCACUUGAAUACUUUGCGAGCGGCCACUGCUGGUGCUGCCAUUAUCAUUAAUGCACUCGUUGAGGCUAAAACUGACCAAGUGGACAAUCUUGUAUUGCCUUUGGUGACAUACAUUGUUUUAGGAACCGCAUAGAAACUAUAUCUGCUUAUAAUAAUUUAUUUUGUUGUGACAAUAAAAGGUUUCGUUAUAAAACA